GUGUGUGUGUGUGCGUGUGUGUGUGUGUGUGUGUGUGUACGCACAGAGAGCGUGAGCGGGGGAAGGCGAUGAAUGAUGCAAAAUGUAAAAGAGGCCGACAGACUCUUAACAGUUCCUCCUGCGUAUAUCACGUUAGCUACUACAAGUGUAUUUACUAUAAAAAGAGGUCAAGUGCAAACCAGUAACUGCUACAGUAUCUAUUUCUGCUCUCUGCCGCCCUGCGCUGCCGCUCCGUCUUCUGGCCCUUCAGCCGACAUCACUUUACCUCGCUACAAAAAAGAGGGACGGGUUCUCACACCAAGCACAGAGCAGCGAGCGAUGAGGAAGAAAGAAAAGAGGUGCUUGUCCAAUCAGAGAUGCAGAUGGCCACAGAAGACAUGAGCACCAGCCAAUCUGGCACCAGGACGACUUCCUCUUGCCAAUUUAUACAUAACAAAUCAAAUGCGACCCCCUAAUUGAACAAUUGAUACAGUUUACCUAGACACACAUACUGCCAAUGAAGUGAUACGUCCCACUCCUGUGCUCAUUUCUACUUUGAUAAAUCCUUAAUUCCUAACGCGAGUUUUACGUAUACGAUUACAAGACAAGCUAAACAUUUUACAAUGCUGUGACUACACUUCAAGCAGUAUAGACACAAAUCUGACAAAAAAAGGCAACACCAAGUCACCAAACAAGCCCUCACUCCCUUUCAAAUGGCGCCAGCCUGCAUGAAUAAAUGUUAGAUGGCAAGCAUCUCUGCUCGGCUUUCUCCAAUGGAUAUUGUGACGACAUCCCAAAUGGCCCAGAGGACAGGACAGGGAGGGCCGAGACAUAAAGUGACUGGAGGUUCUUCAUCAGUGGUCCUGUCCACAGCCAGCUCCUUCCUCUGUUGGCUCGCCCUGCUGUCAAUAAUGCGGUUGCCAAUGGUAACAGCUGACUGCUGGCUUAUCGAAGGCGAGAAGGGCUUUGUGUGGCUGGCUAUCUGCAGUAUGAACCAGCCGCCUUAUGAGGCCAUCCCCUCCCACAUUAACAGCACUAUUGUGGAUCUGAGGCUGAAUGAGAACAAGAUACGGUCGGUCCAUUAUUCUUCACUCAGUCGCUUCGGCAACCUCACCUAUCUGAACCUCACCAAGAAUGAUAUCAGCUAUGUGGAAGACGGAGCGUUCUCAGCACAAUUCAACCUGCAGGUUCUCCAGAUGGGUUUUAACAAGUUGAGGAACCUGACAGAGGGAAUGCUGCGUGGACUGGGCAAGCUGCAAUAUCUCUACCUGCAAGCCAACCUCAUCGAGACUGUUACACCCAACACCUUCUGGGAAUGCCCCAACAUAGAGAAUAUAGACCUCUCCAUGAACAGGAUCCAGGUGCUGGAUGGCAGUUUGUUCUCUGGACUCUCUAAGCUGACCACGUGUGAACUUUACACCAACCCCUUCAACUGCUCUUGUGAGCUACUGGGUUUCCUGCGCUGGCUCUCAGCCUUCCCCAACAGGACCUGUGAGAGGAUGGUGUGUGACUCGCCUCAAGGAUUCUUUGGCUACAACCUCCUGAGCCAGAACCCACGCAUGCCUACCCAACGCAACGCAUUGCACGUGCUCAGUCUUGUAUGCACGGACGAUGGCAGUAGCGUGACAUCCUUCUACAUGAUUGGCACGGCCGAUUCCACCACCUUGCCACCAGAUUUUGCCUCUCCCUGCGGUUUGGACGAUUGUUCUUCCGGGACUCCUCCUGAUGAGGUAAUCAGCUUAAGUCCCAUUUUCUCUGACACCAAUCCGGUCAUGAUGCUAAAGCAGGUGCUAGAUUCAAGCGCUGUGAUUACGGUUCAGAUUCCUUAUCCGUACAGGAAAAUGUACAUCCUGGUGCUUUACAACAACAGCUUCUUCACAGAUAUCCAGAAUCUGAAAAGUAAAAGAGAAGAUAUUGAGCUCAAGAACUUAAAACCCAAUACCAUCUACACGUACUGUGUGGCUUCUAUACGAAACUCCCUGCGCUUCAACCACACCUGUCUGACCAUCUCCACUGGCCACCAGGGGCCUGGAAGGAUAGCCAAUGAGUCGUCAGCCACCCACUAUAUUAUGACUAUCUUGGGCUGUUUGUUUGGCAUGUUACUCUUCCUUGGUCUAGUUGUCCACUGCCUGAGGAAGAAAAGGAUCAUGCAGGAGAAGGAGAGGAAGAUGAGCAGGAUCCAAAGGACUCUGAUAGAGCUCAAGUAUGGUGGGGAAGGAGAUAUAGAGGGAGGGAGUGGAGGAUCUGUUUCCCAGAAGCUUGGUGCUGGGGACAGUCUGUCCAGAAUGCCCUACCUUCCUCAAGGUGGUGAGAUUGAUCCAUACAAGCUGCAGGAGGUGAUAGAAACACCUGUGCACAAGCCUGCUAAACUUAACUACAUGGAGGUGAGAGGGUCUGGCAUUGAAAGGGAGAGAGAACGAGAACGGGAGCGAGAAAGAGACAUGUCGCCACAAGCAAAUCCCCAGGGCUCAGUAGCUGAGAUCUCAACCAUCGCUAAAGAAGUUGAUAAAGUUAACCAGAUCAUCAACAACUGUAUAGAUGCUCUCAAAUCCGAGUCUACCUCCUUUCAACAGGGGAUGAAAUCCCCUUCUUCUGCCGGCGGAGGGGCUGUUUCUACGGCAGAGCCGCAGCUGGUGCUUCUCUCUGAACAAGGGGAGAGAGAAAGAGGAGGCGAGUUCCUCUCACCGGUGUACAAGGGAGGAAGAGGAGGAAGAGAAGAGAGGGGGAGAAGCUAUCAUCAUUCUCUGCAGCGACACCACAGCAUGGAGGCACCUCCGACCUCCAAAAGGCCCAGCACCUCCUCUUCUCCUGGUUCUGCCCGGAGCCCUCGCUCAUUCCGCUCGGAGGGAGGCUACCACUCGUCAGAGACCCGCUACAUCGAGAGGACCUCACCCGGAGAGAGGGGAGAGAGAGGAGAGAGGGCAGAGAGGGGAGAGAGGGGAGAGAGGGGAGAAAGGGGAGAAAGAGGAGGAGGAGAGGCCAUUCGUACAGUCACCCCGGCAGCGGCUAUCUUACGAGCUGAAGCACAGAGAAUCCGCCAAUACAAUGAACACCGUCACUCCUACCCCGUCCCAGCAGCACCUCCAGGAGAUGCAGCACCACCCCCAGAUCAUGCAGGAGCUCCACCACCACCCAGGGGCCGUAAGCCCUCCAUGUUGGACCCAAUCACCCUCAGCAGGCAGGCCAAGCAGCGGGAGCUGGCCUACUCCCAGCUCUCGCCACACUACCCGCUCUCGCCCCAGUACCACAACCUCAGCUACUGCUCCAGCCCGGAGGAAGACGAGGAGGACGAAGGGCUCCUGUGCACCCCGACCCUGGGGCUGUGGGAGAGGUUCAAGCUGCACCGCAAGAGGCACCGGCAGGCGUCCAUGGAGGACGAAGGAUACGUGGCAGCCGGACACGCGCUGAGGCGAAAGGUUCAGUUCGCCAAGGAUGAGGAUCUUCACGACAUACUGGACUACUGGAAGGGUGUGUCCGCCCAGCAGAAGACCUGAUUCCACAUCUGGAGAGCCCCAAACACUUUGAAGAUGGAAAAUAACAACACUGCACCCACAACAUAUUGAUACAGAUACACAGAAAUGACCUGUAAAUACACACAAACACACACAACUUACAGGAUCUACGCACAUACAUCUAUACACACACACACUUUACACAAACCAAGCCUUUGCUUCUGAGAACAUGAAGGAGGACCAAACUAAUAUAUUAUAUUGAACAACAAAAAUCAUAACUUAUAGAGAGACUGAGUUACUUUUUGUAAUGUAAUAAACAUUAUAGCUCAGACUUAUGUAGCUAUUUGUACUAAGUUUUGAAUGAAGAAAAAAAAAUAAACAUUAAGAGCAGAAACCUUAAAUGUUGCCGGGCAACCCAUCCUGAGCCUGGCUUUUAAUCCGCCUUGAGACUGACAUUCAUCCAACCUGACCACGGCAGAUUAACCUCACCGAUUAUUAGUAUUAUUAUUAUUACCGCGGUGGAUUGAUCAAGAUUUUGCUUUGCUGGAGAGGUUGUUUUUGCAUCGCGCCCUGCGAUGCUGCUUUGAAAAAAAAGACAUUUUGCCGUGAUUUGGGAGAUUUAAAACAUCAAAAUGACAAAUUCUGGAUGGGUCGCCAGGCAACAGUAAUAUUCAACUGUGCUGAGAAUGAGUAGGAGUAUAAUGUGCCAAAUCAACCAAGGGGGGAUAGUAGAGCCCUACUGUGUACCAACUUCUCCUCGCCACUGUUUUUAUAUACAGAAUUUAAAAAACCUAGAAUGAUAUGUUAUUACUAUUAAUUAUUCUUAUUACAUUACUGGUCUUCUUAUUAUUCCUAUGCUCCACAUCAUUAAUAUUCUAUUAUUUGAAUAUGGCAUGGCUCUGUCGUGUGACUGUGUUUUGACUGUUUUGAACCUCUCAGCUGAGAAGUGCACACCAACAGAGACAAACAGUACGAUGGACGAGACGUUUGAGUUCUUCUUUUCUACCAGGAGGAAUGUGCUCUCCGCUGAGCCCAAAACAAGCCCGUCUUUUCUCUUGGUGAACCCCCGCUACACCCGCUCCUCAUCCUCCUAAAGAGGGAACGCUGUACAGAUGAGAGAGAGAAGUUCUAUAUUUGCAACAGAGGUGACUGUUUUGUUUGUACAACAUGGGUUUUGAAAUCUUUCAGACUUUUCAGAAACCAGAAUCCCAAGUUAGUUACCUACCUGCUCACUUACAAUGGUACGUUUUUGAUUUUGAGAAUCGAACUAAAAAUUCUAAUCUUCAAAUGAAUGUCUUUUAAUUCCCACAGGGGAAACAUAUCUGCACUGUUCAAAAUCAAAAAACGACUCUUAGGAAAAGACUUAAAACUCUCAGCUUCCUUCCCGAUACACUGUAGCUCCACUGUGUUUUAUCAACAAUUCAUUUUUUUGUUCCUCCUCCCAUCUCCCAGGUUUUUACUUGUUAUUUUUUCCUCUGGUUCCACUGUGGUGCCAUUGUGCCAAUUUGAUAAAUCACAAAGAAGUAUUUGAAAUGAUUUUUAAAUACUAUUUACAGACCUCGUCUCCACCUUCACAUCGACAUACAUCAGUUUGCCAGAGCAACAACAAUUUGCACAAAACGAUCCACUCCCAUUGGCUCACUGCUCCCCUUCUAUCCUCCAAUCAUUUCUAAGACCAAAGUACUGUGGUAGUAAAUUGACCCUUAUAGCCCCUGACCCGGCCCCAGCUAUUUACCCACCAUCACCCUUACAGGAACAACUCUAGCACAUGCACACACAACCACAACCACACACAGAUGAAUGUAUUCUUUGAGAAAUUGAUACUGUAAAGCAGCUGGAUUUCCUGUUUCUGAUGUACGAGCUGUAAUCAAACAGUGUCUGAUAGAAAUGUUUCUCCAGAUGGCCACUUAUGUUUCAGAAUUGGACAUAAAUAAGGAGUAUUUGGAUUUCUGAAAAAAGAAAACUAAAUCUGACCACUCAGGGCAGAUUCUCAUGGACGACUUUCCUCAAACCAGUUUGUGUCACUAAUUGACCCUUCGCUAAGCCCCGCCCACCGCUGUUACUCCGUCAAGCUGUCAGAGCUAACGUUACCAUAGAGCCCACACGGUCACCAACUGCACUCCCUGCAUAGAGAUUAUCUAAUGUUUGGAAAAAGUGAUUUCAGAGAGAAGCAGACAGAAGGGUCUACAAUAUACGUUUGGAGGACAUAUCAGGAUAUCAAACUGAUUCAGCAGCGGAAAAAGUGUAAAAGUGUAAAAGUAAACCAUUGCAUCAGCUGGCAAUCGAGACAGAACACAAUGAAAUUAAGGAACAACACUGUUCCUGUAAAGCUGGCAGGUUUAGGUAUUCACGGUUACAAUCAUCACAAACCAAAAGCAGCAUGUGUAUACCUUCAGUAUACAUCAGACCGGCAAUAUGUCAUCCAGAGUUGGUGACCCCUUUUGGGGGAAACCAAUCCGAGUCCCUCAUUGACGGUAACAGCAUAAAGAGAAGAAGUUAAAACAUGUCUCCAUCUUCUACUUUAAACAAACCGGUAAUAGUAAUAACGUUGCUGUGUAGUUGGUUGCACCAACAAUAAAUUCAAAAACGCUGAUCUCAGAUUUGUUCCCCUGACGUGUCCUAAAAAAAGAUAUAAUAGAGGGGCUUUAUGGCUCCGAGCUAUAGACCAGACCAGAUUUGCGUCAUCAAACAGUUGUCUAUUAAAAGGUUGGUUAUUUACAGACAACACUUAGCCGAACGUGAUUCAAUCAAAUAUGUAUAGAAGUCUGGAUGAACAACAUCCGGCCACUGUGUUGGACGAGGGAAGACUGAAGAGACAUGGAGGCGAUCAACCUUAAUUUAUUAAGGUGUUGCGAACGCUCAGGUUCAGGCAAGGUCGCAAAAUAAUUAUUAGACAUGUAUGAAACAAACGUUUGUAUAACAAGAGAUGAAGGCAUACGAAUUUGUCAAAAUUACAAUCCAAACACACGUCAAAUUGCAUUGAAGUCUGUGAGAUUUUCAGUUUUACUUUCCCCCAAAAUGGAGCGCGGCCUUGACUUUUUGCAGAGUACCCGUAUGUGCCGGUCUGAUGUAUACCUUCAGUAGCUAGUGUAGCAUAGUGCUAAUACUAGUUAAUGAACGUACUCUGCUAAUGUUAGCUCCUCAGUUUUUUAUUUAGAAACGUAUAUCUCCUUCCAGCCUCUCCAGGUAACGAGUUAUCACCAUUACACAACGUUUAACCAUGACGAGCUCAAAAUCCACAAAGAGCCAGCCUGAAAAUGAAGUAAAUGUGAAACGAUUGCAUGAGAGUCUAUGGAGCAGAGCCGUAGAGUUGUCGGACCCUGGUCAGAGCUGGCCGAUGCUACGCUAUGAUUGGCCAGUCUGCGUUUGAGGGGCGGGACUUAGCGACGUGUCAACUGAACCAAAUAUUGCCAACAAGAAGCCCAAAUUUGCCACUGCAGACGUCUAUUGAAGUAAUAGCAACGGGGUUUUGCCUUAUCAAAGGUUUUCAACUGAAAAAAGUUCCUGAUAUUAGAAGUGUUGUAGUAAAAAUGUGAUAAGUAUCACUAGCUUGGUGAAAAGAGACUACAUGUAUAUCUGCAAUAUCUGCAGGGAGGCUUAAAGAGGAGUAAAAUGUGAUAAAAAAAUAUUUAUACUGCUGUUUAAUCUAUACAGAACUGUGCUAGAACAACUCAUUGAAGAGGACUGUAAACCAGGGAUGGAGUCAAGAACAUUUCAAUUCAGCGGAUUUUGAAUUUAACAAGCUUGUUGUAUUCACAGUAUUGACAAACAAUUUGUAAUUACAAAUUUAAUCUGACUGAAACGCUUUUUUGAAUUGAAACAGAAUUGACUCCAACCUUGAAACGCUGAAAACUACACAAUGGAAAACAACAGAGCUGGCAGAAAAUGAAAAGUUCAUUGGUGAAUGGAAACACUGUAUAAAAUCUUUUUUCUCUGCUAUAAUGAGUUCAGAAUGCUCAAGUCAUUAAGCCCAGUUAAAGCCAUAAUCGCGGGUUAGUGACAUCACCACAGCUGUUUGUAGCACUGCAAAAGCACAUUCAUUAGUGUGGUUAAAAAAAGGCCGUUUCUUUCUCUCCUCAUAAUGCAGCAGCUGUAACAGGAGUCCUCCGCCGCCGCUGCAGCAGCAAACAAUCCAGCUCUGAUCCAAAAGGAAACUGACGAGCCGUGGUUGUUUCUGCAUUACACGUCCCAGAUUGUGGCUUUAACUUAACAACAGCCUUAAAACAUUCGAUUUUCUUUAAUCUUUUUAACUGAAGCAUUGCUUUGAAAAUCGAAGAAUUUCCUGGUUUCUUAACUUAUACUUUCCUGACUGCAAUUUUAUAAUUGCUUGAUUCUUAAGCCUCACUUGAGCAUUCUUUGAGUAACAGUAAUAUUAAUGUAGCGAUGUAUUAAAGUACUGUUUUUGUUUUUUUUCCCGUUCUGUUUAUGAACGAAUAAUGGCCUGAAUUUAUCACGUGUCAGAGAGUAGCAGAGCUCGUCUGGAAUCAGACAACAACAAGCUGGCGGUCGAGGGGACCAGUCGGCAGUGAACCUAAUCAGCGCUGCUAUUCUUUGAAGCGUGAUGAAGAGAAACUGUGUUUUUGAAACAACAAUGCCUAGAAAGUGGAAAUAAAUAGAGGUCCUACUGACAACAGACAGAAACAACAAUGGAGCAUGAUGCAAGGAAAUCCUCAGUGGAGGCUUGUGUUACAUUCUGCUAGUGAAUGACUCAGGAGCGAGAGAGCAAGAGAGACAGAGAGAGAGAACGCUCUGCCAUAGGAUCUCUCUGAGGCUUUCUUUCUUUAUUUUUCUUGUCAAAAAAUUAAAAUGAGCACAAUAAAAUAGCCUUUCUUUCACUGUC